UUCCCUGUUGCUGCAUGAAGUAGCACUUCGGCUUGUUCCGGGUUAAUUGUGCUCUCUUUUUUUCACCUCUCGGUUUGUUUUUGUUGCUUUUUUUGUAUUUCACAAUGUCUCUCUUAUUAGAGAAUCAGUUCCCCGAGCUGCCUAAUCUUAAUGAAAUCGGUACAAAGUCGUUUUUGGAGUCGGUGUCCCAUCUUCCGCCUUUCUUCGAUUGUCUUGGCUCAAAGGUUUUUGCUCCCAUCAAAGCCGACAUAAACGGAAACAUCACAAAAAUCCGAGCUGUAUACGACACCGAUCCAGUGAAGUACGAGACACUUCAGAAGAUCCUGGAAGCUGAGAAAGGCACGUACGGGUCCGAGUGGCCGAAAGUAGGGGCCACGUUAGCACUGAUGUGGUUAAAAAGAGGCCUGCGCUUUAUUCAGAUCCUGCUGCAAAGUUUGGCAGAUGGCGAGCAAGAUGAGAACAAUCCCAACCUCAUCCGCGUCAAUAUCACUAAAGCCUACGAACAGGCGCUGAAGAAAUACCACGGCUGGAUAGUGCAGAAGAUUUUUAAGGCUGCACUUCUGGCUGCACCAUACAGGUCAGACUUCCUGAAGGCUCUGUCUAAAGGUCAGGUGGUGGCUGAGGAAGACUGCCUGGCGAACAUCAGGCAGUUCUUGGUGAACUUUACCACCACCGUAGAUGCCAUUUACGAGCUGUACACAGUGACGAAUGCUGAGCUGGACUACACAGUUUAAAGGGUUGCGCUUCACUGCUUUUCUCAGGUCAGACAGCAUUCCACUGGAAACGAUCAGUACUCCAAAUCAGUGCUACUCAUUUUAUUUGGAUUUUUUGUUUUGCUGUGAGAUAAAUUUCUAUCUUAGCACGGAUUAUGCAGGAAAAACAAACAACCGGAAGUGCAUUCACAUACAGGAUUUCUGACCGAAGACUUCCUGUGAUGUUUAAAGACUGCUGUAUAAAAAAAAAAAAAAAAAUCCUGCAAAUCUAGGCGAAAUCCCAAAUGACAGAAGCGUCAUUGCGUUUACUCCGACCUGAAAAAAAGCCAAUAACUCUCCUACUGACUGAUUACAUACAUAGCACAUGACAGAUACACAGAAUACAUGAUACAAAAGAGUAUUCUUAAAUACUACUGACAUCUACUGAAGAGGAACUAAUUAUAUAACACAUUUCAUACAAAUGUAACCUUUUUUAUAAAGGGAGGAAUAAAUAAGAAUGAGUGAAUAGGACUGAACCAAACAAAAUAAAAAAUAAAUGUGUAUUUAAAUUAAACAUUAAGGAGUUACAAAUUUCUCAGAGAGUUCCAGAGCUUUUGUAACUUUAACACGUCAUGCAUUUCAUAUUCUCAUAUUCAGUUUGACAUUGUGUUGUAAUCGAGGUAUGAAGAUAUUAUUAGCUUUAAAACAGGUUAAAGAGUUUUAAAAUCUGUUCUUUGUAACGUUUGGCAUUGUCGUAAUUGCGUUGCUGUAAUUUACUUGAAAGAAAUACAGCUACUAAACAGUAGGUCUUAUUUUUUCGUGAUGGGAUGUUUAUUAGUUUCUCCUUUGCACUAUACAUAUAAAUAUUUCACUUUUGUCUUCGUUUGUCUUUUUUUUUUUUUUUAACAAUUCAUAUGCAUUGAGAAGUGGCUCAGAACAAAUCAGUAAUUUACCUUGUCUAUGAUAAUAUUUACUGAAAUGCAAAGAAGACUAACAGUGAGUAAUUUUUAUAUAUAAAGCAAUUUGUAGUUUAGCUACAUCAUUGAUGUUACUGUUCAUGCAAAGACUGACUCGUUAACUGAUACCAUACAUUCAGAGUCCUACACGCAGACAGGUUUUACAGCACAAAACCGAUGACCAGGUUGCGGACUGUCUGAUUAUCGUGCUGGUCUGCAUUUUGAUGACGUACUUGCAUACAUUUACACUCUCAGGGUGUACAGUUUAUUAUUGUACAUACUGUUCUGUAUAUUAUUGAACAAAGGAAGCAAUCUUAGAAAUCACUGUGUGGAUGUCAGUUAAUGUAGAUUUAAGUUUGAUUCUUAGAAUAAUCAUUUAUUACUGUUACGUCUGUGAGGUCAGCAAGAUGUUGAAUCUGUGUAAGGAAAUGCAGAAAGAAAGGGUUUAUGGCUUUCCUGCGUUACAAAACCUCACUCUGAAGUUUGUGUGUAAUGCUAUGUGUGUGUGUGUGUGUGAGUAUGUGUGUUUUUGAAUGAGAUAUAAUGAAUUAUUCUCAUACCAAUUAUAUUGGUACACUGACAUAUAUUUUUAAUUUAUUGGUACACUGAUGCGUGUAUUAUAACUUGUUGUUAUUAAAACCUGAAAUAAAGAGUGCCUUUCUUGUA